CCCGUCUACUAGCUGCUCACCAUCCCUGGCCAUUGGGACCGCUUCAGAUGGCUGUGGCCUGUGCUGCCCCAGGGAGCACCUUCUCAAAGCAGCUCCUUUUCUUUCUCCUGGUUCUGGUAUUAUUUUGUGAUGCCUGUCAGAAAGUUUCCCUUCAAGUUCCCUCUCAUCUUAAGGCUGAAGCACCUGUAGGCAAAGUGAAUCUGGAGGACUGUCUCAAAUCACCCAGCCUGAUCCUGUCCAGUGACCCAGCCUUCAGAAUUCUAGAAGAUGGCACAAUUUAUACAACACAUGACCUGAUUUUGUCUUCUGAAAAGAAGGGGUUCUCCAUCUUGCUCUCAGACAGUCAAGGGCAGGAGCAAAAAGAGCUAGAAAUUGUACUGUCAACAAGAGAUAAAAAGGCCUUUAGGAAGAGGCAUACCAAAGAACCAGUGCACAAACGCAGUAAGAGAAGAUGGGCUCCUAUUCCAUGUUCACUGAUGGAGAACUCAUUGGGUCCAUUUCCACAACACAUUCAGCAGAUCCAAUCUGAUGCUGCCCAGAAUUAUACCAUCUUUUAUUCCAUCAGUGGACCUGGAGUGGACAAAGAGCCUUUCAAUUUGUUCUACAUAGAGAAAGAUACCGGGGACAUUUAUUGUACCCGGAGCAUUGACCGUGAACAGUAUGACCAAUUUAUGGUGUAUGGAUAUGCAACCACUGCUGAUGGUUAUGCCCCAGACUACCCUCUUCCCCUGCUGUUUAAAGUUGAAGAUGACAAUGACAAUGCCCCAUAUUUUGAAACCAAAUUGACUGUUUUUAGCGUGCCUGAAAAUUGCCGAUCUGGAACUUCAGUGGGACAAGUGACUGCCAUAGACAAGGAUGAGCCAGGAACUCUACACACUCGUCUGAAGUACAAAAUCUUACAACAAAUCCCAGAUCACCCAAAGCACUUCGCCAUCCACCCAGACACAGGUGUGAUCACUACCACCACACCUUUACUGGACAGAGAGAAAUGUGAUACGUACAAGCUAGUGAUGGAGGUACGAGACAUGGGAGGCCAGCCCUUCGGUCUCUUCACCACCGGAACAAUCACAAUAUCACUGGAGGACGUGAAUGACAACUUACCAUAUUUCACCCAAACUUCUUAUACUACAGAAGUAGAAGAAAACAGAAUUGAUGUUGAGAUUCUGAGAAUGAAGGUGCAAGACCAAGACUUGCCCAACACCCCCCACUCGAAGGCCAUAUACAAAAUCCUACAAGGGAAUGAAAACGGGAACUUCAAAAUCACAACAGAUCCGAACACAAAUGAAGGGGUCUUGUGUGUUGUCAAGGCACUGAACUAUGAAGUCAGCCGCCAAGUCACUUUGCAAAUCGGCGUCCUUAACGAAGCUCAGUUCACUCAUGCUGCCAACGCACAACCCUCAACAAUGUGCACCACAACUGUUACUGUGAAAAUUAAAGACAGCGAUGAGGGCCCUGAGUGCCAGCCCCCAGUCAAAGUCAUUCAGAGCAAAGAUGGACUACCAGCUGGCCAAGAGCUCCUGGGCUACAAAGCGAUGGACCCAGAGACAAGCAGUGGGGAAGGCUUAAGGUAUAAGAAGGUAGGAGAUGAAGAUAACUGGUUUGAGAUUAACGAAAGCACCGGAGAUUUGACAACCAUGAAAGUACUAGACAGAGAGUCAAAGUUUGUGAAAAACAACCAGUACAAUAUUUCAGUAGUGGCGAUGGAUACAGUUGGCCGAUCUUGCACAGGAACAUUGGUAGUUCUUCUGGAAGAUUUUAAUGAUCAUCCACCACAGAUUGACAAGGACGUGACCAUUUGUCAGCAGGAGAAAGAUUAUGCUAUUUUGGAACCUAUAGAUCUAGAUGGGCCAGAUAACGGUCCACCUUUUCAGUUCUUUCUGGAUAACUCUUCCAACAAACACUGGACUCUAGAAUCACAGGAUGGUCAACGUGCCAUUCUUCGUCAACGACACAAUCUUAAUUAUAACUAUUAUUCUGUGCCAAUCCAAAUACAAGACAGGCAUGGUUUUUCUGCAAAACAUGUAUUAUCAGUGAGAGUGUGUGACUGUACAGUUCCAUCAGAAUGUAGAAUGGGUGUUGAGGAGAGAGAUGUUAAACCAAAUGUAAUCCUUGGGAAAUGGGCCAUUCUCGCCAUGGUCCUGGGAUCUGCAUUGCUGCUGUGCAUUUUGUUUACAUGCUUCUGUGUGACUACUACGAAGAGAACAGUCAAGAAAUGCUUCCCUGAUGAUGUAGCCCAGCAAAAUUUAAUUGUAUCAAAUACUGAAGGACCAGGAGAAGAAGUGACGGAGGCAAAUAUUAGACUCCCCACACAGACAACGAAUAUCUGUGAUACAAGCACAUCUGUUGGGACCCUUGGUGGCCAAGGAAUCAAAACACAGCAAAGUUUUGAGAUGGUCAAAGGAGGCUACACCAUGGAGUCCAACAAAGGAGGUGGCCACCAUACCUUGGAGUCCAGCAAGGGAGGUGUGCUAGGAGCAGCAGACACUGGCCGAUAUGCUUACACAGACUGGCACACUUUCACUCAACCUCGGCUUGGCGAAAAGGUGUAUUUGUGUGGGCAAGCUGAGGAACACAAGCAUGGUGAAGACUACGUUCGCUCAUAUAACUAUGAAGGCAAAGGCUCCAUGGCUGGCUCUGUGGGCUGCUGCAGUGAUCGGCAGGAGGAAGAAGGGCUAGAGUUUUUAGAUCACUUGGAACCGAAAUUUAGGACAUUAGCAAAGACAUGUGUGAAGAAAUAAAGGUGCUGGUUAAUAGAGCGACAUUUGCAAAUGAUUACAGAGGUGUCACUGGAUAUAGGAGGAUAGCAGCUUGUAGAAGCAACUUUGGGUAUUAGAAGAAGGUAAAGUCAUUUGUAGAUAAGGAUGCUUUACCAACCAUAGAUCCUUAAAUUCUUCUUGUCUCCAGAACCUUCUGUUGUCUAGACAGGAUGUUGUCACUGUUGCUUUUCUUUCUGUGCGUGUCUACAUUGCCCCUUCAGAACUGAACUGCAUGUGCCACUGAUACUCUGGUGAUGUUUGGAACUUAAGCUCUUUUGCACGCUAUGCAAGGCUCGUUGAUGGAGUUGGGUAUUGUGGAAGCUUAAAAUAUGAGUUUGCAUUGUGUAUAUACAAAUUAAAUAUUUUUCAAGGUCAUGAGAAGAAUUCUGCUUCUAAAAUAUUUCCUUUAGUGCCAAGAUAUUGUUUUCCCUUUUCCAGAGUAGCUUCAGAUGAAUUUUUGAGUAUUUUUAAGUAUAGCCUUUUGUGUGCCUAAACAAGUUCUAUUCUCAGUGUACAUUUCCCUCAUUAGGAGAGCACAAUCUUCAUUCAGAAACCUUCAAAGCUUAGUACUUGGAUCUCUGCCCAUGUGGCUGUGUUAUCAUUGAGAUCUUGGAGCUUCUGUCUGAAUGAUGUGGGUCAGAACAUCAAGCUCACAGAACCUAGAGCUGCAGAGAUUUGUCAAGAAUUCCAUAAAAAUACUACAAUUUUGAUCUCUAUAGCCUAGCUUAGUCUUAAAGAUGUUAUAUACAUACAUACAUACAUACAUACAUACAUACAUACAUACAUACACACAAACAAAUAUAUAUAUGUUGCUGGUCAAAUUUAAUGUGGUAUUACCACAUUUAUAUGUACUAAAAAUAUUAAAAUUCAUAUAAAUACUUUGAGAGGUCUGUUAGCUCUUUAACUUGAUACUGAUCUACUAUUUUAGUGGCUUUCAACUGGUCUCUGUCUUCAAGCCUUUUUGCAACUAUCCAUACAAGCAUCAAGCUGUAACUCUGAUACUCAUGUGUCAAUACUGAGUUAAUGUUGAUAUUGGGACAUAAUACUUAGUUUAUCUUGGUAAUUACUCAAAAGAAAAAAACCUGGAAGGCUAGAAAUAAUUUUAAGUAGGAAGCAUUAAGAUUAUUAGUCCAUUAUAGCAACACCUACCAAGUCUUAUUGAAUUAAUAGAUAUUUAGCAUGAAUGAAUAAAUGAGGUAUAACAUUUUAGUAAUAUAUUGUUUUAUUGAUCUAUAAAGAAAAACUACUUAUUUAAAUGAUAUUUUAUUAGUCCUUUGUGGGAAACUACAGAUAUGUGUCAAGUUACAUCUCAUGAAAACCUUACAUCUAAACUAAACUUACCCUUUUACUCCAUUACUUUCUAUCUAUUGGCAGAAAUAGAUUUCUGUUUCACUUAGGUUUUGUAACUACUCUUAUUGUUCUCCAUUAGGAAAGGUGCUUUUCAUUGUGAAAUCAGAUAUUGGAAUAAAAUGAAAUAUAGCAUUAGUAAGGCAGAUAUGAUCUUGUAAAUUCCCCAUAAUGUGUGAUUUUUACAGUCACUGUAAGAUGAUUUGGGGGUGAUGUAAUUUUUACUUUUUGAGGUAAAUGUCACUCUGACAAUGUGAAUUUUGACAUUUUAGGAUCUAAUAGUACCAAUUUGAAAAUGCAUUAAAUCUCAUAAUAAGUUAUAUUAUUCAAUGUAGUUAUAGAAUAUUCUAUGAGCAGUUGCAAAUUAUUAGCCUAACAAUCACUUAUAUGUUGUUUGUGUCAUCUUGCUCUUAUAUUUACUGAAAUAUAGAUGAGAAAAUUUGUAUCUAAAUUAAACAGUACAAUUUAUAUCCACAGAUGGAUUUCUUAUGCAUCAAGAGAAGGCUCUCUAAAGUAUUAGAGUUAUUAGAAAGUACGGGAAAUGGAUUUGUAUUAAGCAGUUUUAGCUAUUUACAAUAUUUUCAAAACAUUAUUAAAACUUUUCUCAGAGGAAUUAAUUAUAUUUAUUGUUGGAUUUAUUUAGGCAACUCCUAGUAAUUCUCAUUUUGCAUCAAAAAAUAAAUAUUAACUGUAUGAUAAACUAAAUGUAUGAAACCCUACCAGACUGCACAAUUUAGUUUGCUAAUAAAAUACUAUAUUUCAUACAAA